AUGGAUCACAACAUAACCUUCUCCAUUGAAGAAACGACUUCUAUUACUGGUACGGAGAAUGAUGCUACAAAUGAGGAAUACCUCAUUGGGCUAUACUAUCGCUACAUCCAUCCUGCACAUCCUUUUGCGUUGCCGGAAGAUUUUUAUCGGCGAAACACCGGAUUGUUUCCUGCUCAUUUGAGGCAGGCAAUAUGCUUCAUUGCUAGUCAUCACACAACGGACCGCAGGCCUCCAUGCCCCAAGGUCGAUGAAAUUGUAGAAGAUGCUAGCACUCCCGAAGAUGCCUUUCGAGUCCAAUCCCUGAUUCUUAUUACAUUGGCAUCUUACGCGCGCUUUGAAAGAGACAACGGCAAUAGUGCACUUACUGCUGCCAUCGCUAUGGCAGGUAAGAUAAAUCUAGACUCUGACAAUUUCGGUCAUGGACACGCAGCCUUGUUUCGCGAGAGCUGGCGAAGGACCUGGUGGGAACUUUAUACGAUCACCGGUCUGAUAUCUCUGAUAGGGGGAACCAAUGUGCGUCUUACUCAACCGUUAGCUAUGACGCUACCUUAUUCCUGUGAAAUCUAUGGGGCCUGCCAGAUAGCUCAAGCCGGCACCACGGAACAGAUACAAGAGCGGUUCUACUCCGUACCAACUUUAGAGUGGUCUUCUUUUGCUUAUCGCGUUGAGGCAAUGCGGAUAAUGACGACUGUUUUGGAUGGCUUCAACAACUCAACAACGUUUGAUUACGACUCUAUGAGCGCCUCAAUUUCAAGUUACCUGUUGUCGUUGCCAGCUGCGAAGUGCGAAGGUCUCGAUGCAAACGGCGAUGUUGACGAGGUCAUGACUUGUGGACUGAUGAUCAUUCAUUUGGCGGCAAUCUGCCUAAACUUUCCAAGGUCCAAACUUGCCCAAGUUGGUGGGUUUUCAACAGUUUGCGGUACCGACCGUGGAAGGGUGGCGUCCGGAAGAGAGGACUCAUAUUCUGCAGCUUCGCUAAGGUCUGCCCGGGCUCUGACGAAGCUUAUAUCCACACAUACCUCACUCAAGACACUCUCUCCUUGCUUUGCGUGCGCGGUGGCAUUUUCUGCGGUCGUGCAGCUCUCUCAAUACACAACAGUCGCACCGCCAAAGCCUCCAUAUCUGCGAGAAAAUCUGCAGCUUCAGUUGAGCGCUCUCCAGUCGCUGGGCGAGGUAUGGCCAAUCGCACACGUGGUCCGCUCUCAGCUCGCGCAAUUUCUCCGUGAAGUCAUCAACAAGGCUCCUGCAAAGUCGAUAGCCACCUCUGCUCCCCAAUCAAUGAACGAUCAGCUCAUGACAGAGGAUCAGUGGUUGCAGGAUGUCAUGAAUGAAGAGAUGUUAUUUGAUGGUGGAGGCAUCCCGUUUUUCGGUAUGCCCUUCACUGAAUAA